CUAGUUGCUCUUAUAUUCAAUUGUCAGGGAUUCAAUGCAACUCUGACUGAACCAGUGGAUACUCCUGGAAGAAGGAUUGAUCAAUUCAAAGAAAUGGAGGUCAAACUGCAUCCAGAUUUAAAAGAACCUUUGAACAAGCUAUGCAAUGAUCCAAAGACCACCGUGGUUAUCCUCAGUGGAAGUGAUAGAAAAGUACUUGACGAGAAUUUUGGUGAAUAUAACUUGUGGCUGGCGGCAGAACAUGGGAUGUUUUUACGCCGUACAAAGGGAGAUUGGAUGACAACAAUGCCUGAAAAUCUCCAUAUGGAUUGGGUGGAUAGUGUGAAGCAUGUCUUUGAGUACUUUACUGAGAGGACACCACGCUCUCAUUUUGAGCUUCGUCGAACUUCACUUGUGUGGAACUAUAAACAUGCAGAUGUGGAGUUUGGGAGGCUGCAAGCAAAAGAUUUACUGCAGCAUCUCUGGACAGGCCCAAUUUCAAAUGCUUCUGUGGAUGUUGUCCAAGGUGGGCGAUCAGUUGAGGUCCGAGCGGUGGGUGUGACCAAGGGUGCUGCAAUUGAUCGAAUUCUGGGGGAAAUUGUUCACAGCAAUGAUGUCAAAGCACCAAUUGACUAUGUACUGUCUGUUGGACAUUUCCUACCUAAGGAUGAAGAUAUAUACACAUUUUUCGAGCCAGAGCUUCCUGUUGGAGGUGCUACCACUUCAAGAGCAAAGAUAAGUAAGCCAAGAAACCAAACUGCUUCAAAAAUUUCAGCACAAAAGAGCAGCUUCGGGCCCUUUGUCCAGAAAGCCCCUCAAGCUUUUUCAUCGUCAGAGAAAACAACAACUAGCAAUGGGAAUGGGCACUGGUGGUCAAUGAUGCGCGAUAGAUUGACAGUGCAUGAAGGCUCAUCAGUUCUUGAUCUUAAGGGUGAGAAUUAUUUCUCUUGUGCAGUGGGACGAAAGAGAUCAAGUGCCAGAUAUCUUCUUGGAUCACCAGCUGAUGUAGUAUCAUUGCUGAAGGAGCUGGCAGAUAGUUUAUCACAGAGCUAGAUUCAGCCUUACCAUUGCUGUUUCUAUCACAGAAAGUUUAAGAGCCUCAACAAAGUAUGCUUGUGUGAAUGAUGGUUUUAGGAGAUACUUUUCAGGAAUCAAGAGUACAGAGAGCAAACUUGGACGUCCAAGUACUUCAACAAUUCUUUCACAUAGCGUCCGGAAGCAAAUGGAGACUACAUCCGGUAGGAUGAUAUGAAUUUUGGAGUUUGAUCCAUUCAGAGAGACACUGUAUUUCAACUUUGUAUUGAAUGGGAAGUAGAAAUUUUCUGGAUACAGUUUUCCUCGCAUUGAUGCAGAUGUUGGAUACACUGAAAUAAUAUUAUUCUGGUUUUUAUCUUGAUCCCAAUUGACAAAGCAGAAGGCAAAAAUUGGAAUGUGCUUUGCUUUUGCAUAAAAGUUUCGUUAUACAAACAGAUGUACCUUACAGUUUAAUUGUUUCAACUGUCAUGAUAUGCUGCUCACAAGA